AAGUCCAAAUCCACCUAGCCAAACGCACCUCUACAAAUCCUACUUCUGCUUGCAAAAGGAAAGAAACUAAAGACUUCCAAAAAGACUCAAACUGACUAUUAACGGUCCGAAAAACCGCCAAAGAAUGAGUUGCAACAGGUAUGGCACCUCAUACCUCUCGCCACCUUUUCCCGAUCAGAUUCUUCUUCAAUUUUCCGUCAAAAUCUCCAUUCAAAACCUUGCCCAUAUGUCCAUUUUCAUCGUACCAAGCAACACCCACCAAGAAGAAAACAUUUUCCCAUAUUUUCCAAGAAUGCUCGGAUCGAAAAGCGCUGUAUCCUGGCAAACAAGCCCAUUCUCGCAUGAUCUUAACUGGGUUUAAACCGACGGUCUUUGUUACGAAUUGUUUGAUCCAAAUGUACAUUAAAUGUUCCGAUUUGGAAUUUGCUUUCAAGGUGUUUGAUGGAAUGCCUCAACGGGACACGGUUUCUUGGAAUGCAAUGCUUUUUGGUUAUGCGGGGCGUGGAGAAAUAGGAGUUGCGCAAAAGUUGUUUGACGCAAUGCCUGAACGGGAUGUGGUGUCGUGGAACUCUUUGAUUUCAGGCUACUUGCACAAUGGUGAUCAUCGAAAGGUGAUUGAUGUUUUUUUACAGAUGGGAAGAAUGGGUACAGUGUUUGACCGUACUACUUUUGCUGUUGUGCUGAAAUCUUGUUCCUCUUUGGAAGACCAUGGUGGGGGGAUCCAAAUUCAUGGACUUGCAGUUAAAAUGGGUUUUGAUUGGGACGUGGUUACUGGAAGUGCUUUACUAGAUAUGUAUGCAAAAUGUAAGAAAUUAGAUUGUUCAAUUCAGUUUUUUCAUAGUAUGCCUGAAAAGAACUGGGUUUCUUGGAGUGCCAUAAUUGCAGGUUGUGUUCAGAAUGAUGACCUCAGGGGUGGUUUAGAAUUGUUCAAGGAGAUGCAGAAAGCAGGAGUUGGGGUGAGCCAAUCUACUUUUGCUAGUGUGUUCAGGUCUUGUGCAGGUUUAUCUGCACUAAGAUUAGGCUCUCAGUUGCAUGGUCAUGCAUUAAAGACUGAUUUUGGGACUGAUGUCGUAAUAGGAACUGCCACUCUGGAUAUGUACAUGAAGUGUAACAAUUUGUCAGAUGCUCAAAAGCUAUUUAAUUCUUUGCCGAAUCAUAACUUGCAAUCUUAUAAUGCCAUUAUUGUUGGGUACGCUCGAAGUGACAAAGGUAUUGAAGCUUUAGGGAUGUUUCGGCUUUUGCAAAAGUCAGGUCUUGGGUUAGAUGAAGUUAGUCUAUCUGGUGCUUUUAGGGCUUGUGCAGUUAUUAAAGGGGAUCUAGAGGGGCGUCAAGUACAUGGAUUAUCAAUAAAGAGUUUGUGCCAAUCAAAUAUUUGUGUGGCAAAUGCCAUCUUGGACAUGUAUGGUAAAUGCGGAGCUCUGGUUGAAGCUUGUCUUGUGUUUGAGGAAAUGGUCAGCAGAGAUGCUGUCUCUUGGAAUGCAAUCAUUGCAGCUCAUGAGCAGAAUGGAAAUGAAGAAAAAACACUUUCCCUAUUUGUUUGGAUGCUCCAAUCGGGGAUGGAACCUGAUGAGUUCACUUAUGGUAGUGUUUUAAAAGCUUGUGCAGGUUGGCAAGCUCUGAACUGUGGCAUGGAGAUCCACAACAGGAUUAUAAAAUCCAGGAUGGGAUUGGACAGUUUUGUGGGAAUUGCUCUUAUUGAUAUGUACAGCAAGUGUGGAAUGAUGGAAGAGGCAGAGAAGCUCCAUGACAGGUUAGCGGAACAAACAGUGGUUUCAUGGAAUGCCAUUAUUUCUGGGUUCUCCUUGCAGAAACAAAGUGAGGAAGCUCAGAAAACUUUUUCUAAAAUGUUGGAAAUGGGUGUGGAUCCUGAUAACUUCACUUAUGCCACAAUUCUUGAUACCUGUGCCAAUCUGGUCACUGUUGAACUUGGCAAGCAGAUUCAUGCUCAAAUCAUCAAGAAAGAAUUGCAAUCAGAUGCUUAUUUAUCGAGCACUCUAGUUGAUAUGUAUUCUAAGUGUGGAAACAUGCAAGAUUCCCAAUUAAUAUUUGAGAAAGCACCUAACCGUGAUUUUGUGACAUGGAAUGCCAUGGUCUGCGGCUAUGCUCAGCAUGGUCUUGGAGAAGAGGCUCUUAAAAUAUUUGAGUAUAUGCAACUUGAGAAUGUAAAACCAAAUCAUGCAACAUUCCUUGCAGUUCUCCGAGCUUGUGGGCAUAUGGGGCUUCUUGAGAAAGGUUUGCAUUAUUUCCAGUCAAUGCUUAGUGACUAUGGAUUAGAUCCUCAGUUGGAGCACUAUUCUUGUGUAGUGGAUAUAAUGGGGAGGUCAGGCCAAGUUAGCAAAGCUUUGGAGCUUAUUGAAGGGAUGCCUUUUGAGGCCGAUGCUGUUAUUUGGAGAACUCUGCUUAGCAUUUGCAAGAUCCAUGGAAAUGUAGAGGUGGCAGAAAAGGCAGCCUAUUCUAUUUUGCAACUGGAACCUGAAGAUUCUGCUGCUUAUGUUCUUCUAUCAAAUAUUUAUGCUAAUGCUGGGAUGUGGAACGAAGUUACGAAGUUGAGGAAGAUGAUGAGAUUUAAUGGGCUAAAAAAGGAGCCGGGAUGCAGCUGGAUUGAGAUAAAGAGCGAGGUACAUGCUUUCCUUGUUGGUGAUAAGGCUCACCCAAGAAGCAAAGAGAUAUAUGAGAACCUGGAUGUGUUGACAGAUGAGAUGAAAUGGGUUGGGUAUAUGCCUGAUACUGAUUUUAUUCUUAAUGAUGAUGAAUUGCGCUGUGUAAAUGGCUGAUACAAUUUUCUCUUAAAGAUGGAGAAGAGGAACAACAUGAGCAACAGCAGAAUUUCACAUCCUGCUUGGGGAUUUAGUUUCUUUGCCACCAGAGAAUGUAUCAGGAAGCAAAUGGCACUGUGACUUUGGCGAGAAUUUUGGAUAUUUCAAGAAAACAGAGUGUGGAAACGCAGUAAUCAUUCGGAAAUUUGAAGUUCCUGAAUUCUGGAUAUUUCAAGCCAAUGAUUUGUUGUGUGGUAGAGAAGAAAUCACUCUAUAAGCUUGACAAACUAUUGCUGGAGAAAUCCAUCAAAAUUUCCAGAGCAGGAAUGAUAAAAGGAACCAAGCCACGGAUACAAUGGCCACAGAUUGUAAAUGAGGAGAGCUGCUGGAGAAUGGAGUAGGAAUAAGAAUGAAUAACGAAGAUUAAGAUCAUCAAGCAUAAGAAAAGAAAGCAGCGAAGAGUCAGUUUUGCUUCCACACCAUUCAGUUAUUCCUGUUCCUCACUAACAUGUGGUAGUGAGUAGUGAGUUGAUUUUGAUGAAGGAUUUAUCACAUCACUUGAAUUGAUUUGUACUUUACAAACGAAGCUCUGCAAAACCAAUUACUGAUUUGUUAUGUCAAUGAAGUUGUGAAUCAUUAA